GAGGAUUCAGACUAGGACGCAGAUUUCCCUCUCUCCUCUAAAAGUGGUGGUCAUGAUGGAAGCUUCUCUAACAGGAGUCAAGAACACGAUUCACUGAUGAGACUCAGCAUGUUACGCAGGAUGAUGCUGCAAUUGCUGCUGAUCUGCACUGUGGCUCUGACCGUUUCUGGCCAGCAGGAGGACACAGAUGGGUGCAGCUGGGGGAGGCAGACUCUUCCUCUGCUGCUGGACACACAUGUUGAGAUACUGAAUAAACCUUUGUUCAGAGAAGAGCAGCAGCUGGUGGACGUCAGGGAUGGUCCACGCACAGCAGGGCAGAGUGACCCAGAGAGGAUGCUGGGGUAUGAGACGCUGUAUGAGAACGGCACCUGCACUCACACCGAUGUUGAACUGCAGGGCUUCAGCAUGAGCUCUGCUCGAGGGGGCUCAGGAAAACGGAGGAAACGUCAAGUUUAUGGAGCGGACGGACGCUUUGUGAUCACGGACUCAAACUUCAUUACUAACUAUCCAUUCUCCACAGCCGUCCGGCUCUCCUCGGGCUGCUCAGGAGUCCUGGUCUCGUCCAAACACGUGCUGACCGCAGCUCACUGUAUUCAUGAUGGACGCUUCUAUCUCAAUAGUGCCAAGAGGUUAAAAGUGGGACUGCUGCAGCUGAAGACCAAGAGAAGAAGGAAGGGGGAGAAGGGGAAGAAACGAAGGAGAAGAAAAGAAGUGGGGAUGGAAAAAGUGAGGAGAAAAGGUGGCGUCAAACGUGUGCGACGGGGCGUCAAACCAAAGCAACCAGUGUUCCGAUGGACCCGGAUUAAACAGAUGAAAAUCCCUCAAGGGUGGAUUCAAUCGACCACAACUGUUUCUCGGGACUACGACUAUGCCCUGUUGGAGCUCAAGCGACCGGUUCAGAUGAAGCCCAUGGAGCUGGGCGUGGCACCGUCCGCCUCCACUCCCACCCGGAUCCACUUCUCAGGCUACGACGCUGACAAGAACCUUCUGAACGGCAGCGGCCAGGAGAAGGUCAUCUACCGCUUCUGUCCAGUGGUGGAGGAGUCCGAUGAUCUGAUGUACCAGCACUGCGACGCCCAAGACGGUGCCGCCGGGGCUGGGGUGUACAUCCGUGUACGGGACAGCACCAAGGAGGGGAAGUGGCAGCGGAGGGUAAUCGGGGUGUUCUCAGGUCAUCGGUGGCUGGAGGAGAAAGAGGAAGAGGAGGACGGGGCGCUUCAGGGGGAUUUUAAUAUUGCAGUGAGGAUCACGCCUCCUAAAUAUGCUCAGAUCUGCCACUGGAUUCAUGAAAACCCGAGUCGCUGCAGAGAGGUGUGACAGCAACACACUCCAGCCCACAGAUCUGAGAACAGUUGAGGGUCAAACACGACCUCACCUUGAACAGCAGUCCGGAAAUAUAAGAUUCUUCAUUUUAGAUUAACUACACCUUUAAAUACUUGUCUCGUACUGUUCAUAAAUGUUAUUUAUGCUGUUUUUACAUUACAGUUUUACAAAACUAGUGAUGGGCUGAUGAGGCUUCAUGACACGCUGUCCUCAAUUUCAGAGGCCACUAGAUGGCACUCUCUGCUCUAAAAUUGUAAUAUUUCAAAAACGAUUUCAAUGAAACCUCACAUUUUUAUUCCAAGAGCGCCACCUACUGAGCUCUGACAUCAUCAAGGGUCGCUGUAAUUCACUUGAUUAUAUAAAAAGUAUGUCUCAACAUAAGCAGCAGUGCAACCUCCUUUUGUCAAUGUUAUUUUGUACCUGUUCUGUGACUUUAUUUAAGUUGGACAAAAGGGAAGUGAUGAGUCGUGGGUUUGUAUUAGUGUCUUUAUAUUUUAUUGCAUCUCAUUUGGACUCACAUGCAGGUCAAAGGUCAGGAGUGAGGACAGUGCCGCCUAUUGUAACCUUGAGAAGAAUAAACCAAACACUGAAU